AUAAAAUAAAAUAAAAUCCAACGCUGUUUCCAAAACCCCAAAACCUUUCCCCCUUUCCACCGUUGCUCCCGCGAUUCUCCGACGACCGUUUCGAAGCCCACGGAAUUCUCUCGCUACCCUCCGAUUGAUGAGCAUCAGCUCGAAAUGGCCACAUCUCAAGUCCCUCCGUCCGUCCCCUGGCACUUCACGGAGCUCGACGAUCGCCUCUUCCAAAUCCGCGGCCGAACUUUUUUCUUUGUCGCCGUUUUAUUCGCCGUCAUCCUUCUCGUAACUUUUAUUUUCCUUUACGCCCGUUGGGUCUGCCGAUUCCACCAACUCACCACCUUUUCCGCCUCCCUUCCCGUCCGCCGGCAGCCGAGGUCGCCGCCGCAGCAGCAGGGGCUCGGCGCCACGGCGAUUAACUCCCUUCCGAUCACUCUGUAUAAGGCACCGGCUGCGGAAGAGGAUCCGCCCGCGGCCGCAAGCGAUGCAGGGGAGUGUUCCAUUUGCUUGGGCGUGUUUGAAGAUGGGGAGAAGGUGAAGAUUCUGCCGCCAUGCCGUCAUUGUUACCAUUCUGAGUGCGUGGACCGGUGGCUCCGUUCGCACUCGAGCUGCCCGCUUUGCCGUGUAUCUCUCUGUAUUGAUCCGUCGAACAAUCUUGAAAUGGUUUGA